AUGGUAUCGGUAUAUGGCAAGCUUGCGUCGCUCAAAGUCAAGACAGACGAGAACGAGGAACCUAUGCAGCAGCUCGAUGCACAGAAGACGAGCGCAUCUCCUGUGCGUUGA